AUGAUUGGUGGCGGAGCAUCAAAGUCUUCAAAUGGUCCAACUAGAGUAAGAAAGACGGUAGAAGUCGAAUAUGCUACUGCUGCUAGUCUUAAAUGUGCUAAAGAUGGCAACGCCUUUGCUCGUUGUGAAGAAUGCUCGGGUUGGGAAAAUGCAAGUGAAACAAAGAAACCAGCGGCAAAGAAUAAGGAGAAAUCGACUGAACCAAAAGCUAAGAGGGCAAAGAAAGCAAAGAAACCAAAUACGCCAAAACGCCCUCCCACUUCUUUCUUUGUGUUCAUGGAUUAA